AUGAUGAAAGCCGAUUGGCAUCCUCGUUGGGAAAGAGAAGAUAGUUCACCAGCAUUCGCAAGCCCACCACUCGCACAUAACCCGCAUAACCCCUUUGGUGAAGACAAAUGGCUAUGGGGAAACGUCCCAGCCGUUGAUAUUCUGAAGUUAGUCGAUAAUGAAGGCGAGAACUAUUCUGAAAAUAUUGCGAUAUUAUUUGCAGCAUCGGGCGACCUACGCAAUGUGGUGAAAACUAUCUCCCAGCUUCCCGACGCCUUUACGCAACACCUUGAAGUAACUAUCAAUGACCAAGAAUUCCACGUCGUUGCAAGAAAUGCGAUAAUAUUACUUUUCAUUCUCACAAUGCUGGAGGAUAAGGAUGCACCGGUUGGUGGUUCCAAGGCUACCGACUCUUUGAUUCACCUGUGGUACUCUGCUUCACUGCCAAAUGGCAUCAUCUCGGACAUAGCAUCGCGUGUCCAUCCUUUAAUCAUUGAAGUCUGCUGCGGAGUAUCCGAUAUGGCUGCCGAGGAAGUAGUUGAGAAAACAUGGAUAUUUUCACACGGAAACAGUCUACAUCUAAGUCUCAAGAAAGAAGACUGGUUCCGAAUGCAGGCACUCUGUCGUGUCCCUCCAGAUCUAACAAAAGAUAAAGCCUCAAAAAUCCGCACUGCUACCACACUCGCUGAUGCCAGGCGUGAUUUUCGAGAUCGAUGGGCCUUCAAAGAAGCUUCCCCUUCGGCCCGUGUAUCAAAACAAAAGUUUCGCGAGGACGGACUUCUUCUUCCAUUUGCUCACAACAGAGCUGGUUUCGAUAUUCCAAAUCCUACCUUCUUUUUGCGACCGUUUUCCUGGCCGUUGGACGAUAAAAGAGAUCCCAUGGAUGGCUGGUCAAUAAUUGAAGUUUAUGGAGUUAAGACUGUCGCGAAGGAAGAUAUUUAUGGGAAACUCUACCUAUAUCUUCAAUCUGUCUUUCGAAAAUUCCUGGAUCGUCUAUCAGCGGCCAAUGUCUCAAACAUCACCGACGGUACAUACCUGGGAACGCGCCAAACACUUAACAUAAUGUCUCAAUUGUUACAGCCGACACACAAAAACUCCCAUGCCAUUAUUAUCGCAUCAUAUCUGAAUGCCGUUAUGGAAAUGGUGACCCAAGGCAGCGAGACGGACAAAGUGCCAGACAUAGAUUUACUGGUAACGCAUUUUCCUAAGUUGAACCUGCUCUCCUUUUUACAACCAGAAAGUGCCGAUGCUCUUAGAAUCUGGGAUGCACGCACAGUUGUCCUCGACCGUGACAAGUUCUUUGAGAGGUAG